AUGGCAGAACCAGACGACAACCGUGUUACUGAAAGUUUGCCAAAUGCACCAACGGCUGCACCAGCUCCUGCAAAGCAAUCAGUCCGGUCAUUCAAGAAGAAAUAUGCCAAGCUGAAAGUCAGGUUCGAGCUAGGAACUCGAGAGAGUGAGAGUUUGAUCCGGGAAGAAUUGCGCAUAGAGGACCUGUCCAAGCGCAUUCAGGAACAAAACGAUCAAUUGCUUGAGGUUCUCCUCGAGUUCAACGAAAGCCUACAUGUUUCUCCCGACGUGCGAUUCGAUCUGAGCAUGCCAACCGACCCUCCCUUGCUACCUACUGCCGAGCAGGAAAUUGUACCUUUGAUCAACGAUGCAGCACUAGCAAAACAAGCAUGGAAGGAAGCCAAAGCUGGCUUGACUGCUGGUAGCAUUGAUACAAGUGCUUAUCGUAUCAUUGAAGACAACAUCAAACGAAACAAGGCGUUUGCACCAGCCCAACAGUAUAGCACCCUGUCACAGACCCACCACAUCACGACAGACGCCGUUGAAAAGAAGCCCGACAAUGAUUGUGAACGCCAACUUGGAUACUUUACGCCCGAGCAUGAGACAGAGUACUAUCUCGCCUUGGACGCCAAGCUAGGCGAUGAGGCGGCUGCUACGCAGCUCGCACGCAUUCCAGAUCGUCCCACGUUUGCGGAGCGUGAGCGGGAUCUUUCCAUGCGGAAUCCCGCAUCGGUAUACAACUGGCUGCGUCGCAACCAACCGCAGACUCUCCAAGAUAAUGAGGUUGCCUCUGAAAAGUCUGCAUCACGACCUUCCAAUCAGCGAUCUUCCAAGCGAGCGCCGGCUCAACGCAAGGAUGAGGACAUGUAUGAUGAGGAUGGGACAGAGGCCCAGCCUACUCCUAAGAACAAGCGCAAGCGUGAAGAGGAUACUGGUUAUAGACCCAAGGGCGGUAGCAGCCGGUCGAAAAAGAAGAAGGAAGAGCCUACUUCCAACCCAAGCAAAGUGGCCAAAAAGCCUUGAGCGGUUGCUUUAUAAAGGGA